AUGCCGUCGUCCCGCAAACAAAUGUCUCCCAAAACCAGAGGGGAGCUUUUGUUCCUGUGCUCACGCACAUCCGGUCCAACAACCGCUUCCCAUUCAUUGAGGGUGUAUUCUCUGGGAUGGAUAUGCAGCCCUUCAUCCAUGAUAAGGUCGUUGAGGUUUAUCGGUGGAAAAAGCUGGCACGGCGAUAUCGUUGUGAUGCGCAUAGGUGUUGCUGAGGUCAAAGAACAGAUACCUGUCAGAUUGGAUGAUAAAGAAGAGCUGGACCAACGCAAACGAGACGGUCGUGUCAAGGCUAUCCUCGACCUUCUUGUUCACGAAAUUCUUUGCAAUCAAUUCGUCGUCGAGCCGGAGGUCGGCCAAGGAAUAUGCUUUGUGGAUUUCUCCCUUUGGUUUUGGGAUCUUUCCAUCAGCAUUGGCAUGGAUGGCGAUGAUGGGUUGGGAUGA